GUCUUUUCCUAACAUCAAAUUAUAUGACCAAUUUUCAUUUUCAUUCAGCUUCAUUGAUUCUUAAUUCGCAAACAACAAGAAUACAAGUAAAAACUUCAUAUGACUCCAAUGGAGGAAUCAUGGACUAAUUGGCUAUGUGAAAUGGAUCCAGAUGAUUACGGUUUCAUCAACCAAUCAAGCAUAAAUGCAGACACUGUUAGUAGUUUUGAGAGUAACUUAAAGAAGCCUUCAAAGUUACUCAAAACAGAUUCUUCAUCAACUUGUUCAUACAAUAUUUCGUUUGAAAAUGAAAAUCCACCACCAAUAAGAGUUGAACCAGCUUUGAAGCCAAAAUCCAAAACUAUGAACUCAAAGAAUGAACGAAAACGUGUUAAUAUUCAAGAGAGCAACAAGAAGAACAGUUCAUUUUCCAAAUCUUCAACUCAUCACAUACCAGAUCAUAUUAUUGCUGAGAGAAAAAGAAGACAAAAGAUUAGCCAACAGUUCAUAGCUCUUUCAGCUCUUAUUCCAAAUCUAAAAAAGAUAGACAAGGCUUCUGUGUUAUGUGAUGCUAUUAAGUAUGUGAAGGAUCUUAAGGAGCAAGUGAAACUGUUGGAGGAACAAAACAAAAAGAAAAGUGUUGAAUCAAUGGUGGAUGAAGAUAUUCCACACACUUCCUCGUAUAAUGAAAAAUCAAAAACAAAUAUGUUACUGCCAGAAGUUAAAACUAGGUUGUCGGGUAAGAAUGUGGUGAUUCGAAUCCUCUAUGAGAAAGAUAAGACAGUGAUGGUGAAUGUGUAUAGAGAGAUAGAGAAACUUCAUCUCUCAGUUAUCAAUGCAAGUUCAUUUUCCUUUGGUUCCUCUCUUCUGGCCAUAACCAUCAUUGCCAAGAUGGAGUAUGAAUUGAAGAUGAGCAUGCAGAAACUGGCAAAAAAACUAAGACUUGGACUGGUGCAAUUAAAGUAGUUUGUUCUUUGUACUACAAUGACCAUGAAUUCAGUGAUGGUUGAAAUAAAAUUCAAAAAUAAUUGCGACGUGGGAAGGAGAAGUAAUGUACACGAAGUAGCUUGUAUGGACAGGUUCAGACCUUGAAGGCGAGGCUAUCGAUGUUCAUUUAUGGAAAAUGGGUACAACUCAUGUGACUCAUUCCAUAGAGUUAAAUACAAAAAAAAAUUAGUCAAUAUAUUUUGAAAUAAAA